AUGGACACCCUAACUCGAUGCCUUAAGCAGAGCCUCCACCGCCCACCACGUUUGUCAUCAUCUUCAUCUAGGAGUUGUUUUGUUGCUCAUCGGUGCCACAUGGCUUCCCAGAAUAAGUCGUUGAGAACACGUAUUGUUCUUGUGAUAGUCUUCUAUCUCCAAAUGACCUACAAAUCUGCAACCAAAAAUGUUACAACAUCAAAACACGCUAUUUCUGCUCCUGUUUUAUCUGUUGUUGGUGAACGCUAUUACAAAGUUACUGCAGAGGAAUUAAGAGUAUGCGGGGAACUUAUUCGAGCAAACAUUGAGGUUUCUAAUUUUGAUUUCAAACCUUAUGUCCAUCCAAUAUAUAAUGUCAUCUUGUCACGAUUGACAAACCGAGAUCAAGACCUGUGUAUUGGUGCAUUAGAAGAAGAUACAUCAGAAGAAUUAGUUGUUUAA